AAGCUAGUGCUAAUCCCCUGCCCUCAUGCGCACGUCCCGCCUUCUUUGAAGCUAGUGCUCGUCCCCUGCCCUCAUGCGCACGUCCCGCCUUCUUUGAAGCUAGUGCUCGUCCCCUAUCCACCCUGGCACGUGUAUAUAAUUGGAAUUAACGUUUAUCCCUCUGAACGUCGUCCCACCUUUGACAGGUCAGUCCCUUUAUCCUUUAUGUUCCUAGUGUCGUCCGACUAGUCUCAUAGCCUGUCAAAAUUGUACAUGACACCCCUCGCCGUUAUGGAUUACUUCUCAAUCCGAUCUGAAGCGCUAAGCGCCAAAGAAGAUGCGGACAAAGCUAUGAGAGAAGCUGAUAGAACUGCGGCAGAAGCGGAACGAGCUGCGGCAGAGGCGCAGAGAGCUGCGGCAGAAGCGCAGAGAGCUAAGUCGCUUGCAGACGAAGCUGCCAAUGUCCAUGAAAGGGUUAGGUCUGAAGAGGUGGAAAAGGUCAAGCAAAUGCUGCAAGCAGCGCAGCCCGUUGCUAAACUGUCACGACAAAGCCACCGUUCGGUUGUAGAGAAGGUGGCGCACUUUUGGGUUUAUAACGAAUCGGCGAUACAAAUAUCACUUCCAGUCUUGAUUGAACUUUCUCGCUCCCUGCAAGAACAUGAUUGGGAGCGAGUGGAAUGGUUUCCAGAGGCGAUACUAUCUCAGAGGCACGUUCUUAUCGAAAAAUUCCCCCUAAAUUUGUCUCAUUGGGUGUGGUUCUGUCAACAGCAUGGCAACUUCGACAAAUUGAACGAACUAGAACCCUUUUUGAUUGGUCUUAUAUACGAAGUCUUUGCAUUCAAACUACCAGAACUUACGAAAAAUCUGGAACGUAUUCACGCUAUCAGGCUGUCCGACUCGCACUUUCCCCCUCCAGAACCUGUUUUGACAGCUUUUAGCGGCGGCCAAGGGAACCGGAAACGCCCACGUCAUGCGCUAUCUUAUCCUGCGGGUGGUUCUUAUAUAGGAUCGCCGUCAUAUGAUAUUCGUCGAACGAACGGAAUAUCUGUGGAUGAUUUGCUCCAAGCCAUGCCGCCACCUACCACCACGAUAACCAUGGAGACGGCGAGAAGCCAGGUGGUCCCAAGGAUGUGUCCUGGUUUUGUUGAUGUCCAGCCGUCCACGUCGGCAGAAUUUGGCGCCAUCCCCAACAACGCCGGCGCCCGCUCGGUCGGCAACGGCCAAGGCCAGCAGUUCACCACUACGUAA